CCCCGAGGCGAGGCCCCCAGUUUCCGCGUGUGCUCGGGAUCCCUGCGUCGGACCGAGCAGAGCUCGGCUGCUCCCUCUGAGCUCCGGAGCGCCUGACCCGCCGCCCCUUUUCGGAAGCCCUUUUUCGCCCGGGCCCGCCGCCCCGCCAUGAGCAAGCCGCCUCUCCUGCUGCUGCUCGCCCUGGUCGCCUCGGCCUGCUGGCGGGGACCCGCUUUGGCCGCGGAAGGCCAACCUGCGGCUCCUCCUGAAGUGCUGACGGCCCUUGGGAGACUCCGAGGCCGGCAGGUCAACGUCCCUGGUGCCGAUCGGACGGUCGAUGUUUUCCUCGGAGUUCCUUACGCAAAAGCACCCGUCGGACCGCUGCGCUUUUCCCCUCCACAGCCGGCGGAGCCCUGGCGUGAGCUCAGAAGCGCCACCUCCUACCCACCGAUGUGUUUGCAGGAUCCAGGGGUAGCACAAAGGCUAUCUGAUGCUUUCACCAACGAAGAAGAAAAAGUCUCCUUAAGGAAUUCUGAGGAUUGUUUGUACCUGAACAUCUACACACCCACCCGUUCAGACAGCAAAGUGAGGUUACCGGUGAUGGUCUGGAUCCAUGGAGGAGGGCUCCUGCUGGGCGCAGCCUCCACAUACGAUGGCUCAGCAUUAGCCGCUUAUGAAAACGUGGUGGUGGUGGCCAUCCAGUACCGGCUGGGUAUUCUUGGUUUUUACAGUACUGGUGAUGAACAUUCACAUGGAAACUGGGGAUUCCUGGACCAAGUAGCAGCUCUCCAGUGGAUCCAGGAGAACAUUGCAUUCUUUGGAGGAGAUCCAGGAUCUGUGACUUUAUUUGGAGAGUCCGCAGGAGGUUGCAGUGUUUCUGCCCAUGUCUUGUCGCCAGUGUCAAAGGGCUUGUUCCAUAAAGCCAUCUCUCAAAGUGGUGUUGCUGUCCUAAAUGCCAUCUUCGAUGCCCACCCAGAAAGGUUGGCAAAGAAAAUUGCUGUAAUUGCUGGCUGUCCAGCCUCCAGUUCAUCUGGGAUGAUCCACUGUCUUAAGGGGAAGACGGAGAAUGAAAUCUUAGAGGCAACUCUCAAGAUGGAGCUCACCCGGCUGCAGCUAGAUGGAAAUGAAAAACACACUGUGUUUUUCCCUACAGCAAUUGAUGGUGCAUUUUAUCCAAAAAGUCCUGAGGCCCUGCUAGCAGAGAAAAGCUUCAACAAUGUUCCAUAUAUCAUAGGUUUCAAUAACCAUGAAUUUGGAUGGAUCAUUCCUACGAUGCUGCAGUUUCCGAAUUUCACCGAGGGCCUUGACAAGGGGACAGCAAACCAAGUGCUCCGUAGCUCAGGCCAAUUCACGGGUGUUGCUCCAAAACACGCACAUCUCAUUGCCGAUGAAUAUCUGAAAGACACUGAGGACCCUCAACAACUCAGGGACCACCUCCUGGAAUUAUUGGGGGAUGUGAUGUUUGUGGUUCCAAGCGUGUUGACAGCAAGAGCCCACCGAGAUGCCGGCUACCCAGUCUACUUCUAUGAAUUCCAUCACCGUCCGAGCGCACAUGCUGGCCUCAAGCCAGACUUUGUUUCUGCAGAUCACGGUGAUGAAAUUGGCUUUGUCCUUGGCAGGCCCUUCUUGGCAGGUGAAGGUACUGAAGAGGAGAAAAAGCUGAGCAAAACAGUUAUGAAGUACUGGGCUAAUUUUGCUCGUAACGGAAACCCGAAUGGCGAAGGGCUAGUGAACUGGCCCCUAUACAACGGGGAUGAGCAGUAUCUGGAAAUCGAUGUAACGCAAAAGGCUGCAAACAAACUGAAGGAGUACCGAGUUGGCUUCUGGACAAAGAUAUUGCCUGAAAAAAUAGCUGAAAAGGAAAGAGAAAGAACAGAGUUGUGAACUCCCAGUCAUUCCCAGGUUAUAUGAAUUUUGUUUCCAUGGCAGGAACUUAGCAAAGAGUGAUGAUCCACUUUUGGGAAACAAGCUGUUAUAGCUCCUGUUUUGCCAUUGUUAGCUGAUCCUGUAUUUGCUGACUGCAGGAAAAUACAGCCAAAGUUCCUAUGGACA